GAGAUUUAUCAUGGGCAAUUCAGAAGACAAACUAAAUUCCCUUCCAGUCAAAACUGUGUAUGUCGACUACUUUCAGCGAUAGUGUACGACCAAGAAUUAUCUUUGCACGGAAGUAACGUUUUCGGAUUAUGAGACAACAGACAACUGUUUUCGGUCUGUAUUCUGUACUCAGAUCGUAUAGUAACCAUUGUGCAGAUGCGAAGUAGUUCGGAACAACAAAAUAAUGAGCAGUUUAAAACUGCGUCAGAGCUAGCGGAGAAUGGAGUGGUAACCUGUUUAUAAUUUAAUUGUUGAGGUCUGCCCACUAUAUUUAUUAUUGAUACCUCAACAAUUCAACUGUUCAUGGAUGAUUUUACUGAUGACGGCUAUUUCGAUGGGCGAAAAGGCCAUAGUCGACAGGCUUCAAUUAGGAUAUUCGUGAAUCGGAGUCUCCAUUUGGAGAACAUAAAGUUCUAUGGAUUUGACAUGGAUUAUACAUUGGCUGAGUACAAAUCUCCACAGUAUGAGAGAUUAGGAUUUAAUUUAGUAAAAGAACGGCUUGUAUCUCUUGGAUAUCCUCAAGAAAUACGAGAGUUUGUCUAUGAUCCAUCUUUCCCCAUAAGAGGACUUUGGUUUGAUACACUUUAUGGGAAUCUUCUAAAAGUUGAUGCAUAUGGGAACAUAUUGGUUUGUGUUCAUGGAUUUAAUUUCCUGAAACAUUCCCAGGUGUAUGAACUCUACCCAAAUAAAUUCCUUCAACUGGAUGAAUCUCGUGUGUAUGUACUCAACACGUUGUUUAAUCUUCCUGAAACAUAUUUGCUGGCAUGCCUAAUUGAUUUUUUCACAAAUUCACCACAGUACACAAGUGAAACAACUGGUGUGAAGGCGGGUGAUCUGUUCAUGUCCUACAAAUCAAUGUUCCAAGAUAUUCGUAAUGCAGUUGAUUGGGUGCAUUUGCAGGGAGAUUUAAAAUCCGAGACUAUUAAAAACUUAGAUGAAUACGUGAAAAAAGAUGAAAGGCUGCCCAUGUUCCUCACAAGGAUACGAGAGAGUGGAGCAAAAGUGUUCCUUCUCACUAACAGUGACUACUGUUUUACAGACAAGAUAAUGAAACAUCUGUUUGAUUUCCCUCAUGGAGCAAGACCAGAUGAACCCCACAGAGACUGGAAGACCUAUUUUGACACCAUAGUGGUAGAUGCCCGAAAACCUUUAUUUUUUGGAGAAGGCACAAUACUUCGACAGGUGGACACUGUCACUGGAGCCCUGAAGAUAGGCUCCCAUGUGGGGCCUCUGCAACAGGGACAAGUUUAUUCUGGAGGUAACUGUGAUGUGUUUACAGAACUUCUUGGUGCAAAAGGCAAAGAUGUUCUGUACAUAGGAGAUCACAUAUUUGGUGAUAUUCUGAAGUCAAAAAAGAUUCGCGGGUGGCGAACAUUUCUUAUUGUUCCAGAAUUAGUCCAGGAACUCCAUGUAUGGACGGACAAAUGUCAGCUUUUUGCUGAACUGCAGGCACUAGAUGUUAUGCUAGGGGAAAUGUACAAGAAUCUAGACAGCAGUACAAAAGAGAAACCAGAUAUAUCAAAAAUACGGCUUGCUAUUCGAGAUGUAACGCAUAAGAUGGACCUGGCUUAUGGAAUGAUGGGCAGCGUUUUUCGCAGUGGAUCAAGACAGACUUUUUUUUCUUCUCAAGUUGUGCGAUAUGCUGAUUUGUAUGCAGCUACUUUCCUCAACCUUAUCUACUACCCUUUCAGUUACAUGUUCCGAGCACCGGCAAUGUUGAUGCCCCAUGAAUCAACAGUUGCACAUGAACAAAGAUUCGUAAUGGAGAGUCCCAUGAUUUCUCGUUCUCGAACUUUCUCUGUAAUUGAGGAUGAAGAAAACUCAGAAAAGCAUCAGAAGUUUAUGGAACGGCCACAAGGACAGUUACCACAUCCAAGGCCAGAAACUCCUCGAAGUGUAACACACAAUCACGAUGAAGAUUACUCAGAUGAGGAAACUGACAGCAAGUCAUCAGAAGAAAAGGCUGGUUGAAAGUGGUAUUUUUGAGGCUGAUUUUUUUUAAGGCAUGCUCAAACAUGUGGCUACCUUCUCACUGAAGACACUGAGUUUGAUAUGUACUGACAUUAAAAGAACAGACUCUGACUCAGUGUUGUACUGUGGUAGCUAAUUGUGCAUAUGUGUGUAUAUUAAGGGAAUGUGAAUGACAGAUUUCUCUGUUUAAAUGGUGCUGAAUGUAAAUGACUGAAAUAUCUGACUUCAAAUACAUGAUGAGUAAGAGAUUUAAAACUUAGUGCCCAUAAAUGUUUUUAUUAAUUCAUAAAUGUUUUCAUAUCUCAGACUUGAGUUGAAAUUUAAAGCAUUUUCCUGAAACCCAAGUCAUUCCUUACAUUUUGUUUGACACUUUCUAUUUGUUUUUGAUACACAUAGUGCAAAAGAAAUAGAUAUUUGUAAAUUGGCUUAUAGGUUAAUUAAACGCAUAAAUAUUCAGUAUGAACAGCAAAUAUGUUAAACUGCAAUAAAUUUGGAUUCCAUUACUUUCACAUAGUUUAUUGCAUUUAUUUUCAAAGAGCAGUAUCUGCUGCUAAACAUAGCUUAUGAAGAAAGUUACUUCUUUCUUCAAGUGAAUGCUAUAGGGAAAAAACCUUUUGUUUUCUUUGCAUUCCUGAAUGUGAUUCCACCGCAUCAUUUUGGAGUUGACUGUGUUACUGCCAAAUUACAGCUUUAAUAUUUGCAUAGAUUUAUUUGUUUGCAUUAAGUCAUCACUACUGCGUGUUUUCUUUUAUGUUUUUAAUUAACUGGAGCACAAUAAAGAACAUAUAUUCUGUAUGUAGUUAAUUUUAUGUAUAUAUAAAGCAUACACAUUUUACCAACAAAUGCACAAGCUCAUUAUUUGACUGUAGGCUUGUUUCAAGUUUCUCUAUGCAAUUUACCAUUUCUUUUUCUUUUUUUAUGAUAUGUUAUGAUAGGGAAACCCAUGAGAAGUAUAACUGAAAUGAAAAGAACAGAAAGUUUUGUUAAAAAAAAAAAAGGAUUGCAUUUUAAAAAGGCUGUAACAUUAAUCUGCAUUUCUUUUCCAUUUAAAAUUGUAAAUGUUUUCUAUCAGCCACAUUUUUUGUGUCUUCCAUUACAGUUUUUCAUGAUAUGCUAAUGGCAUUGUUUUUACCUUUUGAUUGGGAUCCACAUAAGAUGAUAACUUGCACAAACACCAGUGAGCAGCUAGUUUCAUAUUGCAGCCACCAUGUAUAUCAAGGUUACUUUGUACAUUUCAAGGAAACUAUGUUGUUUGUUAUUUAUUUUUUGAUAUUUUGUUUUGAGAAAAUGAUCCUCAGAAUGAAACUACAAUCAAAUACAACUAGAUAAAAAUUCUAUUUAUCAAGUAGCUGCAGACAGCAUUUUUGUGACUUUCUGGUUGUGUUUUGUGAAUUUAUCUAAAUAUUCCUUUCGUAGAAGCAUUUUCUAGUCAGCAAGGCGCAGCCUUAGAUUAAAUACUAGCUGCAACUCAUUGAUGUAACUCAUAGUAUGUUUUGUAUGUGUGUGUGUGUGUGGGGGGGGGGGUAUUCGAAUGUCACUUCCACAACUGUGACAAGAUGAUAAAUUAAUAAUACUGAGUGAUGCGGACAAUUGCAGAACAUGGAUCUCCACGCAAGAAGCAAACUUAUCAGGUGAAGAAACAUCUGCACUGCAAGUUUACACUUAACUUGAUUGUCCACUUGUGACUGCUGCUGCUUGCUAAGCUGAAUUUUUUGUGUGUGUAUUUGAAGUAGAGCUGUUUCACAGCCCACAGAAAACAUUGUUUGUGGGUUAUAGAUGUAUAGCUAAUAAGUUUUAUUCAAUAAAAGCCAUCUUCAGGAAUAUGGAUUACCAGAUAGCCUUAAUCAAAAUUUGAAACUAUGGAUGUUUUCUGACACAAAGUCAUUGUUACCUUUAGCAUGACAGAUACCACAUUAUUUGUUAAUAUCAUUUAAAUAAACAUUUUGUCAUAAUUUUAAA